GUUCUUACGUACCACAAUUACGGAUAAGAAAUUUCUAGAGAGAGAGAGAAACGAAUCUAUGGCGAGCCCAAGAUUCCAUGAAAUCACAAAGCAAGCUUCGUUCUUCUUCAAAGACAAGAUCAUCAAGAGUGCCCGUCUCGCCGUCACAGAUGUUACAUCCGAAGAGUUAUUGACCGAAGAAGUUACAAGCAGCGACAGCUCGCCACCAGAUGCACGGUCCAUGUCGAUUAUUACAAGAGCUUCGUUCGAAGUCGACCAGUUCGAAAGAAUCGUCAAGAUUCUACGUAAAAGACUCUCGAAAUUCGAUAGAAACGAUUGGCGAGGGUUCUACAACGCGCUGAUCCUCUUGAACCAUUUGUUGGUCCAUGGACCUAUGAGUGUCGCUAAAGAGUUUCAACACGAGAAAGACGUUAUCGAAGAGGUGACGGAUUUUCAGUGCAUCGAUGCAAAAGGGAUCAAUUGUGGGCUUAAAGUUAAAAACUUAAGCGAGAGGGUACGGAAAUUACUGGAAGACGACACUCUUCACAAGCAAGAGAGGGAAAGAUACCGAAAGCUAACUGUCGGCAAAAUUGUUGGGUUCGGAGGCUUGAGCUUCAAGCAUUCUUCCUCGGGUUCGUAUUCAUCUCGAAAAGACUACGAGAGAAGCCAUUCGCUCUUCAACGAUCGGGAAAAUGAUAGGCCUUUGGUCUUGGAGCAGGAAAAGAAUGCCGGAGACAACAAAGAUCAUCCGUUCGUUGAGAACGAACUCAAAGAUGUUAAACCUUUGCUUUCUUCUCCAACUUGAGAUGGGUAUGAUGUGGUACAAUAUAUAUAUAUAUAUAUAUAUAUAUAUAUUAAGCAAAGAAUACUUGUAAUUAAACUUAUGUUAUAUAAUCUAUGAUUGGAGAG